GCCAGUCAUCGUCGCCGCGGUUCCGGGUUAUAAAGUCCUCAAAGACAGGCUGGGAGUGGAGGUCUCCCCAAAUCUGAGAAUAGGAUCAUGGCGCGCCGAACCCUGUUCUUGGUGCUCUUGGGGGUCCUGGCCCUGACCGAGACCUGGGCAGGCUCCCACUCUUUGAGAUAUUUCGAUAUCGCCAUGACCUGGCCGGGCCGCAGAGAGUACCAGUACAUGACCGUCGGCUACGUGGACGACACGCAGUUCGUGCUCUUCGACAGCUACGCCGCCAAUCCAAGGAUGGAGCCGCGGGCGCAGUGGAUGGAUCAGGUGGGGCCUGAGUAUUGGGAAGAUCAGACACGGAUCUGCAAAAACUCGGCACAGAUCGACCUAGGAAACCUGCGCAACCUGCUCCGCUACCACAACCAGAGCGAGGGCGGAUCUCAUACGCUCCAGUGGACCCUGGGCUGUGAAGUGGGGCCAGAUGGACGCCUCCUCCGCGGGUACCGUCAGGCAGCGUAUGACGGCGUAGAUUACCUCGCUCUCAACGAGGACCUGCACUCCUGGACCGCGGUGGAUGCGGCGGCUCGGAUCACACUGCACAAGUGGGACACGGAAUUUUACAGGGCCUACCUGGAGGGCCCGUGCGUGGAGUGGCUCCACAGAUACCUGGAGAAGGGGAAGGAGGUGCUGCAGCGCUCAGACCCCCCAAAGACACGAGUGACCUACCACCCCAGCCCUGAAGGAGACAUCACCUUGAGGUGCUGGGCUCUUGGCUUCUACCCUAAGGAGAUCACUCUGAUCUGGCAGCGGGAUGGGGAGGAUCAGACUCAGGAGAUGGAACUUGUGGAGACAAGGCCUGCAGGGGAUGGAACUUUCCAGAAGUGGGCAGCUGUGGUGGUGCCUGCUGGAGAGGAGCAGAGAUACACAUGCCAUAUGCACCAUGAGGGGCUGCCUGAGCCCCUCACCCUGAGAUGGGAGCCACCUUCUCAGUCCACCAUCCCUGUCAUGGGAAUUGUUGUUGGCCUGGUUCUCCUUAUAGCUGUAGUCACUGGAGCUGUGGUGUCUGUUAUGAUGCAGAGGAGGAAUGCAGAUAGAAGAGGAGUUAUCUAGGCUCCAAGAACUGUGGUUUCUCUGCUGAGAAGAGAAUCUUAAGGCUGCAUCACUAGGUUGCAGCAAAACUGCAGGGGACUACUAGUGUUCUGUUCCUGGAUGCAGACGUGGGUCCCCUCAGCAGAGAUGUGAGCAGUGAAAAUGGUGGGAGUCAUCAGAUCCUGGAUCUAUUUUGAAGAUGGACUUUACAGCAUUUCCUAAUGGACCGAAUCUGGAAUGUGAGAAAGGAGUCAAGGAGGACACCAGUGGUUCUGGACUGUGGAAUAAGAUAGGUGGAGUUGCUGGAAGACUAUGGAAGGGGCGUACUUGAGGAUAACUGAAGAUGGAGUCGUGGGUGCCUUGGGUGGAACAGGAGGGGUCAGAGUAUUGGGAAGAGCAGAUGAGGUAUGCCAGGGGUCACACACAAAUUUACCAACUGAAGUUUUGGACCCUACUUGGCUACUAUCAUCAGAGCGAGGGCGGUGAGUGAACCCAGGUCUGGGUCGGAGGUCACAACCCUUUCACAUCCCUCAUGGGUAUCCCGGGUCCCCAAGUCCAAGAUGCAAGAAUCCAUGCAUCAGCAGCAGGUGGUGUUCUUCCACUUGGAGUUUCCUUAUUUGUGGAUGGAAUGAGGGAGGACCAUAUUCAUUUCUGGCAUUUCCAUCUGGAGUUUACUUUGCCUCAAAGGCUGAAGCAAUGAAAAAUAACUAAAUGAAUGGGAAACCUUUCCUUGAGAAAAGCUUUAAAACAAAUCUGGAGCUUGAAGAUGCUGUUGAGGCCUCUGAACCCCAAAGGAAAGCUUUGAACUUCUAUAACAUCUUCUAUAACAGAAGAUGUUAUAGAAGUUGAGAUCUACAAUGAAACUGGAUUUAGAGGGCUUAUUCCAGCUGAAGUUAAGUAUUACUUAGAAGCCAUUGCAUAAUAAUAAAGUGACUGAAAAAUCCAGAACUUCAGAUAAUCUACUUACCAUGUUUAAGCUAUGUUUUGUUUUUCAGACUUUUGUAUACUUAUUUCUGCGUUGUUUCAUGAAGUUACACUUUCAUGAUAACACUUAUAAAUCAUAAUGAAUUAUUAAGUCCAAAAUAAAUAAAAUAACUUGCUCUAUAUCUAAUUUUUUUGUAAGCUCAUAGCUAGGUACAAAGCAAAAACCUAUGGUAUGUGCGAUAAAAAAACCCAAAUAAUCCCCCCCAAAACAAAAACAACAACAAGAUACUCUCUAAAUAAAUAAGGACACUGAAGUAACUGUUUUCAUGCCUUACAAUGCUAUGAAUUAGUUAGUUCAGUUUUUGGAAUUUAUGCAUAUGGAAUCAUAUAGCAUCUGCUUUUUUGUGUCUAGGUGGUAUUGAUGAAAUGUAUAUAUGUAUGUAUUUUUAGUGAGAUCAUCUGUAUUUUGUGUAUUGCAAUAGUUUGUUCAUUUUCAUUCUGUAAAUAUUCUGUUCUCUAUUUUUAAAUCUCUCCACUAGUGCAGUCUGCUAAAAGCCCUACUAUACUUCUUGGACUCCUAGUUACCACUCUGACUUUGACAAAUACUUUGAAGCAGAGUGUUACCAAAUACUGACACCACAUACCUAGCAUUUCCCUCUCUGAACUCUGGUCUCAUGGAGUCCUCAGUGCCUUGGUGGCUCUGCGGUGUCUUAAUGUGGAUGUUCUUACCUACCAGCCACUUUCACCAUUGUUCCUGAAGGAGGGUCAGUCUGAAACAGGCUGAUCUGCCAUCAUUGAAAGUGGAAACUUGUGUGUUUUUUUGAAGAUACAGUAAGAAUUUCUAAAUCUUUAUGCUAUAAUUAGUUUACUCAUGAUGAAAACUGCAUAUGAAUCAAUUUACAAAUUCAAUCCAGUAAGAAAGGAAGAAUCCCUCAGCAGACUAACUGACCAAAAAUGCCACUUUUUAUUUUUUCUCACAAGUGAAUAAGGCCAGUGAAUUUGUUUAAAUAAUGGCUUAGAGCAAUCACAAGUUAGGGAUGAUUUCUCUGUCUUGAUGUUCAUGACUUAAAAACAAUAACACACACACACACAAACACACUUCACAAUUAAAUAUGUACAUUUGGAGUUUUCUCAAUUUUCAAGAGGGAUGCUGUGUGGCUUGAGGAAGUCUUGGUUUUUAUGUUAGUCAGAUUUGCAAAAAUACCCGACAAGAACAACUACAGCUACACAUUAUGUAGCUCUCUUUCACCUCUCCAUUCUGUUCUAUACCCUUUGGCCAGUACCAUAUUCUCUUUGGUUAAUGUAUCUUUAUAAAAAAUCUUAAAAUAGUAUUACAUAAUCUGCACUGGUAUGUUUUCAUUAUAAUUCAGUUCAAAAUAUUAUCUAAUUUCUCUUAAGUUUUCUUCUUUGAUCCAGGUUAUUUUGAAAGGUGCUUUUGAAUUUUCAAAUAUUUAUUUUCUCCCCCUAGAUAAGUUGCUUUUGAUUUCCAAUAAAAUCUGUUUUGUCCCCAAACAUACUAUGUAUGACUUCAGACUUUUGAAAUUUAUUGUUGACUCAUUUUAGUGAAUAUACUUAGGCACUUUAAAAAUUAGUAUAGUUCCCAAAAGAAGACAUACAUAUGGCAAAAUAGGUAUUUCAAAAUAGGUAUUUAAGACUUUUUAAAUUUAUUGUUUUCUUUCCCAAUAGAUUUAACAAUAUAAUUUAUUUUACAUAGGUUUAGAUAUUAGGUGUCCACCAAAAGCUCAUGUGUGAGUCAAUGCAAGAAAGUUUAGAGGUAAAAUGAUUGGGUUAUGAGACUCUUAACCUAAUGCAGGCAUUCAUUCCCUGAUAGGGAUUAGUUGGAUGGUAAGUAAGGGAGAUAGGGUGUGGCUGGAGGAGGUAGGCCCCUCGGAGUGUAUCUUUGGGGUUUAUAUUUUUCCUCUGAUGAGGGGAACUCUUUCUCUCUGCUUUUUGGUUCCAUGUCCUCCUCCACACUCAUUUGCCAUGCUAUUCUGCCUUAUCUUGGGCUCAGAGCAGUGGAGCUGCCUGUCUAUGGACUGUGACCUCUAAAACUGAAGGUGUCAAAUAAACUUUUCCUUCUCUAAAA